GUGCAAAAAUGCCAGAUAAAAUCAAAUUCGGUGAUGUAGGCAGCGACUACGAACCAUCACCGUCGGAAGAUGAAUACAGCGAAGGAGAGAAAGAGUUGCUUAAAAAUGUACGCCAACGUCGUCGCAACAAUUACGACUCGGACGACGAAAUGCAACGCCAAGCGGUGCUGGGAUUCGACGACGAGGGUGACUAUGAUGAAGAUGAUGACGAGGAGGAGCCAGAUUUUGACGAAAUACGAAAGUUUGAACACGAUAGCGAUAUCGACGAUAAGGACGACGAGGACGAUCUGCCCGAUCGCUAUGCCUGGGGUUCGAAAUCUGGCGCGUACUAUGGUACCGGUUACAAAGACCGGGACUACGAUACGCUUACGGCACAGGAGGAAGAAUUGGCCCGGCUGGAGGAAGAGGAGGCAAUGGAAAUGCAGAAACGGCUCAUUAAAGGCAUGACCGAUGAAGAUUUUGCGCUGGAUGAUUUUUGGUCGGAGGAUGAGGAGCAAGCGGCGGAUGAAUUGGAACGGGCAGCGGGAAUGCCGGAAAAGAUGAAACAGAAGGACAAAAAGGCCGCAUUCAGCAGCAAGGAAGAAAUAGUGAUCAAGGGAGAUUUAUCCGAUCUGACUGACAGUCAGCGGUUGGAACUGUUUCGCAAAGAGUCGCCAGAGUUUCAGGGUUUGGUAAAAGAGUGUUCAGCAAAGCUGGCCGAAUGUGCAAAUGUACUGGAACCAGUUCUGCUGCUGCUUAAACAACAUAACCAACUGUCGCAUCCUCUCGGGAAGUUGCUAGCAAAACGAUACGAGCUUCACAUGCUUUACUGUAGUAAUAUCAGCUUUUACGUACUGCUUAAGUCACAACGGGUGGACAUUCGUAAUCAUCCGCUGGUGAAACGUUUGCUACAGAUGAAGCGAUUGGUGCAAGAGAUAGAGCAAAAAUACGAGCAAACCGCUAAAGCGCAAGUAGAGGCUUUGCUGAAAGCACAGGCGGAAGGCAUGCAAAUAAGCUUCCACGAUGAGUUCGAUCGUGAACAGCGCAAAACUAAAAAGGGUCUUCGUCUGCGUGUUCUUGAUGAGCUGGAACAAAUGGACUCACAAUCGGAGGAUGAACAGAAUGGUAAGGAUGAGCAGGAGGAAAGCGAAGAAUAUGCUACGAAGCGCAUGAAAAUGGACACGGGCAUUAACCAUUCCGAGGAGGAGGAGGAUGAAGAGGAUGAGCAGCAAGAAGAACAAGUCGACAUGGAUGAGAUGGAUGGUGACGAAAAGCGUAAGAUUACCUAUCAGAUGGCUAAAAAUAAGGGUCUAUCUGCACGCAAGCGUAAGGAUCAGCGAAACAUCCGUGUAAAGAAUAAGCUGAAAUUCCGCAAGGCCAUGAUCCGCCGAAAGGGCGCCAUACGAACGGUACGCACCGAAACGAAACGAUACACGGGCGAAUCCAACAUCAAACCGUUUGUUAAGAGAGGAAUUAAGCUUAAGUAA